AUGGGGCGCAGCAAAGAGCACAAGAGGAAACGGGAAGACGAUGGCUCUCAGCGCCCCAAGAAGAAGGUGGCUAUCCAGGCGACACCACCAUCAUCGUCCAGUCCUGCGAACCCGCCGAGCAUCCUCAAGGUCUCCUUGGUACAGACAGCAAACGAUUGCCCUCCAGUGAUCGCAACACAUUCUGGCCUUUGCAUCCCGAGCUCCAUCGAUUUCCAGGCCUACAGCAAACCGCAACUCCCAGCUCCGAAGUCGUCCAAACGAAGUAGAAAGCCCGCGCCGCCCUCCCCAGAUCUGGUGCUGCAUUCGUCGUCACAUCCUAGAAUGGACUACACCGUCAAGGAAGAGGGUCCUGGGGGCCGUGAGUCUCACCUCAAGCACUACAUCGGAGUCUUCGACCCAAAGACUGGUCAACUCUCCGUCGUGGAGGCCAAGAAAAUGGCCAUCAGAGGUGUGGUCCGAUCACAACAGCCACCUGAAGAGGCUGCGAGCGAGCGGGACGCUUCCAAGACGAUGUUCCAGCUUCGGACCGAUCUUGGUCAUGCAUUCGGAACGAAGAAGGCUAAGAAGGCACUCGCUGCGAUCACAGAGAACGCGAUUGCGCCUGCAAAAGCCGUAUCCGACGCCGUCGCGAACCCGAAAAAGCUCAAUGCCUCUUCUCAAGCUAUGAUGGACUCAAUCAACGAAGUCACGGUCAACAUGGCUUCAAAGGAGGACCUUCAAGCGGCGGCCGAUGCAGCGAAACCGGUACCUCCAGGCAACUUCGAUGCCGAGGAGAUUCAGGACGUCUACACACUCGAAUCCUUGAUUGGGGGCGAGAUCUUGACGUCCAUCCCCAUCAAGGAGUGGCAAGAGGCAGUGAAAAAGCACCAGAACGUAAGCAUGCCGAAUGCUUUCAUCGCGUCUCGGAUCAUUCCUGUUGGAGAAGGUCCCAACCCCACCCAUCGACUACGUGCGCUCAGAUAUCUGGACUACCUUAUAAAGCUCUUGAAGAGUGGCAGGCCAGGUAAAACUAGAGGCACGAAGACGCUACCGCCCAAAGACAAGCUGAAGCUACUCCUGGACCCAGCCCCAGAGGUAGUCGUCGAGAAUAUACGGCGGAAAUUCUCGUUGGGCGGAGAGAUGCGGAAGUUUCACAUCGAUCUCGUGUAUACAUAUUGUUGCGCGCUUGCGGCGGUAUUAUGCAAUUUCGAGUUCGAAACGAGCCUGCUCAGGCAUGACCUGCAAUUGGACGAGAAGCAGUUCAUGCAGUACUUCAAAGAGAUCGGCGGCAAGGUGAAGAGGGGGACAAAGGUCCAGAUAGCGGUACUUGCACUACCACUGGAAUUUCCCAAGGUCAGAUAUGUGUCUAAUCGUCGUUGA